AUGCUACUUCCAUCCGGCAAACCCACUGCAGCACUGGUGCUUCGAAGCCGUAUGAAACGCCGGUAUUUCUUCAUUGAUUGGUUAUGGCGUAAAAUGGCCUUCUUGAAGCGUAAGAAAGUCAAAUUCAGUGUAGAUCUGCAGGUGUGCAAUCUCAGUGAUGUACCUCUUGUUAAUGCUGUUCUUUUCGCUAAAAUCCGCUUAUUAGAAGGUGGCACAUUUGAUGAUUGCACCGAACGUGUAGAGGUAUUUCGCAACAGUUGCUCAUGGUCUCAUCGCUCAAAUUUCUGCUGCCGAAUCACAUCAGACCCCUCUUCUGGGAUUCUAGAACGAUGUCUAUGCAGAAUUUCUAUACGAAAGGAGCAGAAAGGUGGAAAAUCAUUCGUGAAGCUAGGAUUUGUAGACAUCAACCUUUCUGAGUUUGCUGGAAGUGGUGUUGAGGGAAUGACGAGAUCUUAUCUUCUUGAUGGAUACGGGUUACAUCAGCGACAGGACAAUUCAAAAGUUCAAAUCAAAAUAACUAUGACACACCAAAGUGCGGAUCCUUUCUUCCGAGUGCCUUUUGUUGGUGGCGGAGACACUAUAGAAGAUAAUUCUUUAAAUCCAUAUCUCAAAGCGUCUGACGUGGAAGAGGAUGAAGAGGAAGAUAUUCAAGGCUCCUAUGUGAAAAUGCGGCCGAAUUCGACUACUGAAGUUCCUGAAUGCAGCUCUGUGGCUGGCUCUGGCUCAGUGGCUGAUGAAUGCGCCUCUAUGUCAUCAGACAACCGAAGGAAUCCUCCGUCAGCAUUACGAAGGCUUAGUCAAGAUCGAUCAAGUGCGCCGCGGAUCCAAAGCACCAGAAUUGAUGCUGAAGGAGUGAUAGACCGGAUGCUAGCGGAGACCCGAUGGGCAACGAAAAGUGAGACAAGCACCUCCGAAGAGGGUUUAGCGUUGUACGUGGAUCGAGACGGUGCCGCCAGUAUUGAUCCACAAGGAGCGGGCUUCCAGAAAGUAACGCUAGCCGAUACUUCAUUAUAG